AUGAAGGAUUCGUCCACGGAGGAAAUCGAGAACGUCGGAACCAACUACCUCAAGGAUAAAAUUGAAGUUCUCGAAUACGAAAACAACCAAUUAAAGAAAGUGGUCCGAACUCAAAUGGCGGCGAUGGAUCAACGGAACAGCGAGAUCGCAUCGCUGGUUAAUCUCGUCAAAGGAAUAAUAGCAGUUGACGGCGCAGAUUCAAAAGGGGAAGACAAGAUGGCCGCCAUUCGGGAUGAAGGCUGCGCCAACCGACUGAAGGAAGGAGACAGUAGUCCGAAAUGUGAUGCUGGACUGGAACUUCUCCGCGACUUGAUCCUCGAGAUGAGCCACGACAGGGAAGUUUCCCGACGAGAGAAGUUCAUUGAAGCAAUGCCCGAAGAAAUCCAAAGGAUGGACGAAAACAACAGAGAGAUGGAGAACCAGCUCACGACAGCUAAUGAGAAGCUGGUAGUGUUGGAACGUGAGCUCGUGAACGAACAAAAGAAAACAGAAUUGUUGGAGAUGUGGGCAAGGAAGAAAGAUAACAAGAUCGAAUCUCUGAUGUGUGAGGUACAGAGGCUUGUGAACGGAAAGACACAGAUUUCAGAGGAAGUGAAACAUUUGAGAAAGGAAUUGGCUGCGGCAAAUGUCAAGAUAGACAGACUUCAGGUGGACAAUUGCCAGAAGGAGAAACGUAUCUUGGAGGUAGAGAGACGACUGGAAGACCUGGCAAACAAAUUCGAGGAGAGAAGUGCAAAGCUGAAGAUGGAGGGCCAGGAAGAGAGACUUAGAGAAGAGAGGCACUCAGGAACAGAACUCUGUAAGGAAAUAGAGGCUUAUAAACAACAGAUGAUUGCGGAACUCGAACAUUCAAAGAGACGCAGGAAAGAGGCCUCUAAGGAAAACCUAGGGACCAGUGCCACGCUCUGCCAAAGUUCCUUCGGAAAGGAACUUGUAAUUGAGUUAGGAAGACUUAAGGAGCAACUGUGUUUUAGGAAGGAGUCGAAAACCCCACAUCUGGGAGGUCACAUAGAAAUGCUGGCGACCGAAGACCUGAGGCAACUGAGGAGCUCUGGAGAAACAGAUAGGGUAAUUAACAUCACAGAAUGCCUCCAUGACAAAGACUUACAAGAGGUUCUUGGGUCAAAGGACAGGGGUAUGCAGAGUUUGAGUGAAGCGAUUGAUCACCUCUUGAAAGUGCUGAGAACAGAGGGAAACAAUGACAGGGCAGCUGUGGCAGAAAUGGUUGCCAACCUACGAAAACAAAGGAGGCUUCUGGGGUUCAGCAAAGAAGACAUGGCCAAUAAAGCACAUAUUGACACUCACAUUCAUGUCCUCAACAAAGCACGAGGAAAGAAUGUCCAUACCCAGAUGGAUAAGAUUCUUGAGUGCAAGUGCCAAUCAAAACCUGCUGCUAAGGACAUCAAUACUCUGCAAAACAACAGGUCAGGUGCAACGAAAAUGAUUGCCGACCUUCGAAAACAAAAGAGGUUCCUGGGGUUCACGAGGGAAGACAUGGCCUUGAAAGCACAUCUUGAUACUCACAUCCAUGUCCUUAACAGAGCACAAGGAAAAGAUAUUCAAACACAGAUGAAUAACAUUCUCGAGUGCAUGUGCCAAUCAAAACUUGCUGCUGAGAAUUGCAAUAAUCUGGAGAACAACGUCCUAUCAGCAGCUACCCAGGAGAAAGAAGUCAUUCUUGAUCCAAAAUAUUCAAGAGAUGAGCUUAUUUCCACCCAGGAGGAGGUCCUAGCUACCAAAAAAGAAAUCUCCAGUAUUGAAAAGGAAGUCCUGGGAACACCGAAAACAGUGAUCUCUUCAGAGGACUUCAUACUCAUCUCAGAAAAUAUAAAAACAGAGGGAUUCGUGCUUACAGAGGAAGGCAUCAUCUCAUCAAAUUCCACUGGCCAGGCUGCCCCAGUUGUUCCAGAAGAGCCCUGUCUCACUCCCCAGACUGCCCUGAUUAUUCCAGAAGACCUCUGUCCCACUCUCCAGGUUGUCCCAAUCGUUCCUGAAGACCUCUGUCUCGCUCCCCAGGCUGCCCCAAUUGUUCCAGAAAACUUCUGUCUCACUCCCCAGGCUGCCCAAAUUAAUCAAGAAGAGCUACUCAUUACGAAACAAAGGGAUGCCUUCCAUGUGGAGGGAGCAGCCAUCAGUGGGAAUGAACAAGCACUCCGUAAUGAUAGGGAAGCCCUUAAUAUGGAGAGACUGGCUCAAAUUAGGGAGAAAGAAGCCUUUGCUGCAGAAAGAGAAGCCUUCGAAAAAAUGAAAGCAGAGUUUCUUCAAGAGAAAGAACAGUUUCAAAAGGAAAGGGAAGAGGUUUAUAAAAAGAAAAAGGGGACCAUUCAUAGUAUAGAGAGAGAGAACGUAACAAAUGAGAGGGAACUCCAGCUGGAGAAGAAGAUUGAAGAACUUGAAAAUACCAUUAAAGAAAAAGAGAGGAAAGUGAAGACAUAUGAGAUUUAUAUGUGCACUUUUUAUCAGGACCUUUACAGAAAGGGACUUGUGGAUGCCCAAACGGUGCAAAAUUUUUUGGAUGAUAUGAAAGCCCAAUUAAGAUUAUAA